AUUUAAGGACUAAAAGCACUAUUUUCCCUAACUUCUGUAUAGAAAAAGAGUACGAUGAUCUGCAGGGAAGACUGAACUCUGAAACGACAACUGAUUUGAGGGCUUAGGGUUCCGACCGAAUCGCUCUCGGAUUGAGAGUUCAUUGGAGACUUCAUUUUUUCAGAACAGGAAAUGAAAGGGACAGAGAUUUUUGUUGGUGGUUUGGCCCGUACUACUACUGAAAGCAAAAUUCAUGAGGUAUUUUCUUCAUGCGGUGAGAUUGUGGAAAUACGGUUGAUAAAAGACCAGAUAGGCAAUGCCAAGGGGUUCUGCUUUGUACGAUUUGCAACAAAAUAUGCUGCUGACAAAGCUCUGAAGGAAAAAUCUGGAUAUGUGCUGGACGGGAAGAAAAUUGGGAUUCGCCCCUCAGUUGAGCAGGACACUCUAUUUCUUGGAAAUCUUAACAAAGGUUGGGGUGCCGAGGAAUUUGAGAGUUUUGUGCGCCAGGUUUUUCCAGAUGUUGUAUCUGUCGAUCUUGCAAUUCUUGGAGAUGUCCAACUUGGUCAGAAGCAACGGAAUCGGGGAUUUGCCUUCGUGAAAUUCUCAUCUCAUGCUGCUGCGGCCCGUGCUUUACGGGUAGGCUCCCAAUCUGAUUUUCUCAUCGGUGGCAACUUGCAUCCAUCUGUACAGUGGGCUGAGGAGGAAUCUGAAGUUGAUCCUAAUGAACUUGCUCAGAUAAGAGUAGCCUUUGUCAGAAACGUACCUCCUGGUGCUGAUGAAGAUUACUUGAAGAAGCUCUUUCAGCCCUUUGGCAAUGUAGAGAAGGUAGCUCUAUCCAGGAAGGGUAGUUCAACCAUUGGAUUUGUUUACUUCGAUAAGCGAUCUGAUCUUGACAAUGCUAUUAAAGGAUUGAAUGAGAAAACUGUACAAGGGCCAAUGGGCGGUCCCUCAAGCAAGAUUCAGGUCGAAGUUGCGAGGCCAACGGAUAAGAACAGGAAACGAGGUCGUGAGGAUCAAAAAAUGUCCAGUAACAUUGAGAGUCAUUCCAAGCUUUUGAAGGAUGAUCCAAAUGUUGAGAUGGUUGGGGGUCCUAAAUCAAAAUCUCAACCGGUGAUGCACCUAUCAGAUGAAAUGGAUUAUUUGGAUCCUUAUGAAGCUGCUGUAAUUGCACUACCUGUGCUUGUCAAGGAGCGUUUAGUUCGGAUCUUGCGGCUUGGUAUUGCUACUAGAUAUGAUAUAGAUGUUGUAAAUCUAACCAGUCUUAAGAUGUUGCCCGAGUCAGCUGCCAUAUCUGUUCUUGACCAGCUCAUGUGGUCUGAAGCUGAUAUGCAGAACAAGGGAGGAUUUUUAGCUUCAUUAAUUUCUAAACAGCAGGUUGAAAAGCUGGGAUUGAAACAGUUUGAUAGCAAGUCGAGGAUAGAAGAUGUUGCCUUGAGGGUACCAGAACCAGACAGCUUCUCUACAAGAGUUUGUUUGCCAGAUCUAGAUUCAUAUGCCUCUCGAGUACCCUUGCCCAUGGCUAGGGCUGAUGUUUACACAUCUCGCUAUUCAGCGUAUUUAGAUCCCCAUCUAUCUGGUCGGGUGACAACAGAAAGGAUGGAGGAAGCAAGUUCCCAUUUGCAGGCGACUUCACUUAUGUAUGGUCGGGUGACAACGAGAAUGGAGGAAGCAGGUCCUUUUCACAAAAAAAGGAUGGAUGAUGCAGGUCCCAAUUUGCAGUCACUCCUCUCUGGCGGGGGGACUACAAGGAGGAUGGAGGAAGCAAGUCCCGUUUUGCAGGCAACAUCCCUCCCAUCUGGUCGGGUAUCAAGGAUGGAUGAAGCAGGUCCCACUUUUCAGGCAUCAUGGAGUCCUUCAGCUACUGCUGACAGAGUUGGACUUCAUUCACGCAUUACCCCAACUUCUGAUCAUCAACAGACUCGACCACGGAUCAGGUUUGAUCCCUUCACUGGUGAGCCAUACAAAUUUGACCCCUUCACUGGCGAGCCAAUUGUUCCUGAGAGCUCAAGUCAUCAUCGAAGCCUGUACUGAACUGAACGUUUUCUGGGCCUACAUAUGGCUAAUUGCCAAACUCAUGUAACAUAAUGAUGCGUAUUUGUACUUCCACAUUUGUAAAAUAGUACUAGCUGUUAGCAGGAUUAUUGCGUUAUCUUUCUCGUUAUUAGAAAUUUUGGCAUAAUAAUA